AUGAGCGGCUGGGGUCUGGGCUGGUUUGGCGGCGGCCAGGCGAAGAAGGAGGCCCCCAAGAAGGCAAUCCUUCAGCUUCGCGGCCAGCUCGAGAUGCUGAACAAGAGAGAGAAGCAUCUCCAAAACCAAAUGGACGAGCAGGAUGCCUUGGCGCGAAAGUACGUCUCUACCAACAAGCAAGCUGCCAAAUCCGCAUUACGGCGAAAGAAGCAGUUUGAGCAUUCGCUCGAGCAGACAAGCUCCCAGAUCAUGACUCUUGAGCAGCAGAUUUACUCCAUCGAGUCGGCGAAUAUCAACAAGGAGACGCUGGAUGCCAUGAAGAAUGCUGGUGCCGCCAUGAAGCAGAUACAUGCUGGCCUAACUAUUGACAAGGUCGACGACGUCAUGGAAGGCUUGCGCGAACAACACGCUAUUGGCGAAGAGAUAAGCGAAGCAAUUACCUCGAGCAUUGCAAACAAUGGUAUCGACGAAGACGAGCUAGAUGAGGAACUGGCAGAACUACAACAAGAGAAGUUGGACGAGCAAAUGCUCAAUACUGGCAGUGUCCCCAUUCACGACGCGCCCUCGAGCCAAAAGUUGCCACAGGCUCCCAGCACGAAUCCCAAGGCACCACAGCGAGUCGAGGAAGACGACGAGGAAGAGGAGCUGCGGAAACUGCAAGCGGAGAUGGCCAUGUAA